AUGAAGAUGCAAGCUGACGUACGCAAUCUUCAGCCUCUCAUCUCUCUCAUGAAGGAGCAAGUGGGAGACUUGCACAAAAAGGGCAUAUAUGCUAUCCCGCUGUACUACAAAGAGCAGCAGGAUAUCAAUCAUUAUCAAUACAUAAAGCUCCUCGUUCAUUCUGCCCAUCCACCUGUCUUCGUGUUUAUUACACCAGAGCGACUGGCUGGCCCAUUGUGGACGAGGCUGAUGGACAACCUAUAUAACCAGAAUCGCGUAGCAUUGUUUGUCUUUGAUGAGGCACAGAUUAUUCUCGACUGGGGACAUUCGUAUCGGCCCUUAUAUAUGCAACUCCAGAACUUGAAGGAGAAGUAUACCAGCGUUCCAAUCCUAGCCCUCUCAGGUUCUAUAAGCCAGAAGAUACUUCACGAUUCGGAACGAUUUCUCGGCGUGCAAGACUGUAAAAUUGUAACCAAAAAUCCUGAUAGGCCGAAUAUAUGCUACCAAGUCAUUAACAUGGAACACAAAGGCUUGGAAUGCACUGCAGCUAUUGUCAAGUUCCUCGAAGCGAGCUUAAGGUGGAAUGGAGAACAGUCAGGGAUUAUUUAUUGUAGAACGCCUGAACGCUGUAGGAAGCUUCAAAAGACAUUAAAUAGUGAAGGAAUUUUGGCCACCUGUUACUUUGGGCAGGAAAUGUCCGAAGAGGAGAGAUCUUGUUCUUAUCAACUAUGGAAACAAAAUCAUGUGCGAAUCAUGAUUGCUACAGUUGCAUUCGGAAUGGGCAUUGAUAAAGAAGAUGUCAGGUUUGUCCUACAUCAGGACUUACCCAAGGGAGUCAGUGCAUAUCUCCAAGAGACCGGCAGGGCAGGUCGUGAUGGGAAGGCCGCACGAUGCAUUCUGUAUUAUACUUACGCAGAUUGCCAUCGGAACUACUCUCUGUCACUGAACCAGGACAAACCCAUGGAAAACGACUACCUUGAACAAGAGGUUAUCCCAUCGGUCCAACAAUUAUUACGCAUGUGUGUAGAUCAUACGACAUGUAGAAGAUCGUACCUCCUGAAGCACUAUGGUUAUAAAUCCAAUGGACGUUGUGGCAACUGUGAUGUCUGUCUUCAGCCAGUGGCAGCGAACCGACUUGGUAUAGUACAGAAGAAAUUCGUUGAUGUCAUCGUGGCAGAGUUCAGGCUACUCUCGGAAGAUGAUGGCGAGCGGCCGCAAGAGAGGCCCAAUGGUAACUUUGGGAUUUUGCAACUUGCCACGGCAGUAUCGAGGGGCUUAAAUGCAAAGGAGUUCGGUUCCUUGCUCAAAAUUGAUGCUGAUCAGAUUCAUAAAGUGAAAAAUUUGACUGAUCGAAAGCGGAUCAGUUGCUCCGUAAUACAUAAUCUUAUCCUCCGUGGUGUUUUCUCGGAAUACCCUGUGAAAUCUGGAGCAUUCGCGAGGAACAAAAGGCAGAUUUUCCGUGCUGCUAUAAGACGGGUCGAGGCGAGUUUCAUGUUAAAAGUCAUUUCGCCAGACGGAAAAACAACCUUCACGCUUCAGGCGAAACGGUGGCGUUACCAGGUUACAAAUGUGCCUAUUACGCAGCCGCAAGAACCUUCCGGUUGCUAUAUUCUCUCUUCGAUGAAGUCUGAUACAAGAGCGUCCUCGAAGAUCGUCCUCGAAAACGGCCCGCUGAGGUCAAAAAUGACGAACGGCUUCUGCUCUCGUCCCUUCUCGUCCUUUUCUUCCUCACCUGCGCCUGGCCAGCCGCGUUCUGAUCGUUUCGGGCGCGUGAUCGUGUUGAAUUGGACCUACAGACGGUUGCAUCAAUCCCCCGAGCUCUCGUCUCGCGCGGCCUCCUCCGAAAAUACCUUCAUUUUAACCGUGAGUAUUUUGUUCUUCGGUAGAGCUACCCGGAACGUGGCCGAUUACAAUAGAUCGACCCGUGCUCUGGCGCGUGGCGUCUUCAAAGUUGAACUUCAACCAUAG